UUUUACACCAACAACCAGGUUCUCGAACGCAACCCUGGAAUAGAAAUAAUAGAUUUCCCCCUAUGCAGCCUCACAAGCUCAAGCAUCACCAACACAAAUUUAAAGUUGUUUUAAAUCUAAAUUAUAAAGUUAUUAUUUUGCUGAUAGACAAAUAAGAAGUUCAAUCUCGUUAGCCUUAUCAAUUAUUUCAAUUUAUGUCCCGAAUGACUUGAUGUCCUUGGAUGGUUGCAGUGCCAAAAAUUUUGUCAGGUUAUUUUACAGUUUGCAUAUUUGCCAAUUAAUUGUCAAUUAUUGACAAUUAUUAUUGCUUUAUUUGUUUUGUUAGUAACUAAAAAUAGCACAAACAUGCUAAAAUGUGGGGACCAUCAAAUUUAUUAGAGAAAAAAAUUAAUGCAGAGACCCAUAGGCUCGUUGGAGAAGAGAAGUUACACGAAUUUGGUGAUUUUGUAGAAGAAUAUUCUCUGCAUACCAACUUCCGUCAAAAAAAAUUCAAUAAUAAUAUUAGUACAAUAUCAAAACCAAUUUUUUUGAAUGAACAAGCUACUGAAGGCGUGUCUAUUUUUUACUUGACUCAUUCUGAUAAUACAGUUUUAUCUCGGAUUUUGAAUACUUUAGGAGGAAUAUGUCAGGAAAUCAACUGCCUAAAGGAAGAAGCAGAAGGUCUUUAUCCAUCAUUGCUGUUUUAUGGAGAAGAAAUUGGAAAAAACACAGAAAAUUUAGAAUCAAUAAGCAAUAUUUUAGAUCCAUUACAAAAAACCCACUGCUUGGUUCAAAGGGCAAAAACUGUGAUUGCUCUGACUUUAAUACAACUUAGUGGUAUCUUAGAAAAAGGAUAUUAUGUGACGACUAGUUCUGCAAGUUUUUCAGAAGUGCUUCAUUUAUUUGCAGAUUUGCUAAUCUGUUUGUUGAAGUUUGACAUUUUAUUCGAUGAACCAGUUUUAAAAAAUCACUGGCUUUCAUACAGAAGGUCUGUAAGGAAUAUUUUGCAUAAAAGUGUUAAGUUGGGUUUUGAUGUGGAAGAAAUGCGAACUUUCAGUGAUACCUUAGCGAUAUUGGAGACGUCCCUUAUUUCUGGAACCAUUUUAAAGGAUUCUAUAGACAAUUGUCUAGAACAUGAUACGAUUGUGAAUAUUAAAAAGACUACUUUGAAUAUUGAAUUCUACAAUUUUAUAUUAAAUCGAAUUAAUGACUUAGAAAAAGAUGAAGACCAUAUUUUAUUUAUGGACAUGUGUAUACAACUAAACAUAAUUUUUGCAUUUUAUUCCAAUAUAUUUGGAAUUACUGAUAAAAAAAUUAUCAAAAGACUCUUGGACUUGAAUAAAAAGAUAUCCGCAUGUACACUAAUAGGUAGUAUUUUAUGGUAUCCAGAACAAUUUUUAUUGAAACAUGUACAAGCAUUAACUAAAUAUAUAGAUGAAAAAAGUAUAGAGAAUUAUAGACUGAGUCACAUUAGUGCCAGAGUUCAACAUUUGCCCAAAGAAACAAAUUCAAUUUGUUUACAGGCAUGUUACUUUCUAAUAGAUCUAGAAAACAAAGUGAAAAUUAAUGCCACAGAAUUGAAUGUGAGACAAUUGAAGGAAGUUAACGCUUUACUACAAGAUGGAUUGAAAUUAAUAAAGAAAAUUCAUUGGUUGAUUAAGUGGAUCAUGAAUAUACAUCUAGAUAAAAACUUACCAGUUACAAAAACUGUAUUAAGUUGUAUAUCUCGAUCGGUGGAAAUAAUAAAAAGUAUUUUCUCAUCAUUCCACAGACACAUGAUUAGGUUAAAUUACUUCCUUUUGAUGAUAUCUCAGCAUCUGCAACACAUGGCCUUAUCAUUUUUAGAUGUGUUGAAGAAAAAUCAAAUGCAAUCGAAGUCUUACAAAGAUCAGCAAUUGGAUAUUUUGUCUGCAAUAAAAGUUUGUGAAAAUGCUCUAAAAGGUCCAAAUACAAAUAAACGCUUACUAGUGGCAAACCUGGCUCUAUCUGCAAGUGGCUUGGCUGGUUUAAAUGAAAUAAGAGCUGUUCUAAGUCAAUUAGAAAUGGUUUCACAGUUCACCAAUGUUUUAAAAAAAUUCUGUGAUUGCUCAGUGCUUUAUUGGCAUUUUACAUAUGUGAUGCCAGUGUAUUUUAGCAAAUUAGUAGCCUCAAAAAGUAAUUUAUCCAAAUGUUAUUUAGUGUUAUCUGCAAUUACAGACUGUGAAAAUAUAGGAGGUAGAGAAAUCUCAACUCAGGCAAGUGAAAUAUUACAAGAAAAGCUUUGCAUACCCUUAAAUCAGAUUAUUGAAACCAACUUAAGGCUGCAAACUCACCUUCAUCUGCAACUACCACCGUCAGAUCCUUUUCAAAAUCACUUUUCGCUCAAUUUCACUAAACUAUUGCCUGCUCCUUUAAAUAAUGUAUACAAAAGUAUUAAAAACAACACAGAACAUUAUUUGAGUACAACAUUUUAUAAUCUUACGACUGUCGUUUUACAUGAUUGGAAAACUUAUGGCGAAAUGAGAAAGUUAGCUACACUGCAAUAUAAUCUCGAAACCGUAGACGAUGAUUUACCAAUGCAAACUUUAGACCAAGGUUUAGAUGUAUUGGAAAUAAUGAGAAAUAUUGAUGUAUUCGUACAAAAAUACCUAUACAAUCUAAACACUCAAAUUUUUAUUGAAGAAUCGAGCAAUAACAAGCACCUAAACUCGAUUAAUAUAUCGCACGUAGCAAACUCAAUCAGGACUCACGGAAUAGGCAUCAUGAACACGACUGUCAACUAUACUUAUCAGUUUUUGAAAAACAAAUUCCGAGUGUUUUCUCAGUUUUUGUUUGAUGAGCAAAUCAAAUCUAGAUUGUUGAAAGAUCUCAGGUAUUUUGUAGAUCAUAAAAAUGAGUUUAAUCAAAUGUACCCAUAUGAAAGGGCUGAUAAAUUUAAUAGAGGGAUUCGAAGAUUGGGUACUCACGUUGGAGGAGAUAGCUAUUUGGAUCUUUUCAGGAAAGUUGUUACUCACAUAGGAAACGCAAUGGGUUAUGUACGAUUAAUUAAAUCAGGAGGAAAUAGAUGUUUAGCUGAAGGAACAUGUUUCAUACCAGACUUUACUCAAAUAGAGUAUCUAAAUGAGCUUUUGGAAGGUGAAAACUUGUCCGACACAUCGAAAAGUGCCACAACUGUCCUUUUGAAGGAUUUGAGAAAUUUUACGCAAAAUUUUGAAAAUACCACAGAAUACUUUAAACUAUUAGUCAAAGCAUUUGGAAGCCAUUUCAGAAAUUCGAAUAAUUUACAUUUAAGGAAUUUCUAUAUAAUUAUACCUCCAUUGACAAUAAAUUUUGUGGAACAUUAUUUGACUUGUAAGGAAAGACUGUUCAAGAAAGAUAAAGCAGAUAGUGCCUUUACUGAUGACGGAUUUGCUCUUGGUUUAGCAUAUAUCAUAGAACUAUUAGAUCAAGAGAGUCAGUUGAAUUCAUUACAUUGGUUUGAGUCUGUUCAGCGAAAAUUUAAUAAUGAGAAACAAAAAUUACACCAGCAAACUUUAGUGUCUAAUUCUGAAGACUCGAAGUUAAAACAAACAUUGACUUUAACAGAAAAACGAUUGACUUCAUUUCAACAAGAGUUUAAACUUUUGGAGUACAGCUACAGCAGUGCCAGAAUGUUUUUCCAAUCAUAAACUGACAAUGAUCGAAGUAUUAUAGCCGAAUUAAGUAAAAUCUAUUCUAUUAUUAAGCGCGUAAUUUAUAUAUUAUUGCUUUACCUACCUGCAAUUGUGUGAUACUUUUAUAGAUAUUUUUUCAAUCAUUCCAUAUAUUAAUUAUUAUAGAACAUAAUAUUGUUAUUACUUCAAAUUUUACUAUAAUUAAUAGUAUUCAUAAGUGCAAUUAGUUUGUUAUUGGCUUUAUAUCAUUUAUAUUGGUUGAAUAAAAUUUCGAAAAAC